AUGAACAAGUAUCCACUUUUGAGGAUUGAUGAUUUGAUGGAUCAUUUGGUAGGUGCUUGUGUGUUUAGAAAUAUAGAUUUCUGUUUGGGUUAUUAUCAGAUUCGCAUGAAGCCGAAAGAUAUCCCAAAGACUGCUUUUAGAACGAGAUUAUUUCAUUCGUAUUUAGACCAGUUCAUGGUUGUGUUUAUAGAUGACAUCCUGAUAUAUUCGAAGUCUGGUGAAGAGGAUAUGGAGCAUCUGAGAAUUGUAUUGUACACAUUAAAAGAGAACCAGUUGUACGCAAAGUUGUCCAAGAGCGAGUUUUGGUUAAGAGAAGUGAGUUUCCUUGGUCAUAUGAUUUCUAAUGGUUGUAUAAUUGUGGAUCCUACGAAGAUAGAUGUUGUGUUACAAUGGGAGACUCCAAAGUCUGUUACUGAAAUUAGAAGUUUUCUUGGGUUGACUGGUUACUACAGAAAGUUCAUUGAAGGUUUUUCGAAGUUAGCAUUGUCGUUGGCUCAUUUGACUCGAAAUGGUCAAGCCUAUUUCUGGGAUGUGCAUUAUGAAGAGAGUUUCCAAGAACUCAAGAAGAAGUUGACGUCUGCUCCAGUUUUGAUUUUGCCGAAUCCAAGUGAGAUCUUUGUUGUAUAUUGUGAUGCUUCGAAGAUGGGUCUGGGAGAUGUGUUGAUCAAUGGUGUUCGUGUUGAAGAUUUGGAGGAACUACCUGUUUGGCUCCAGAUUUCAGAUGUUUAG